UUAUUUAGAGUAUAAAAGAAUCCUGAGACUUCUCCGUCUCCUCUUGAUGUGUGGGAAUGUUUUAGUGUGUCUUGAAGCUGGUAACUUGGAGGAUUUUGACACAACUGUUAAUAAGCAGCUGACAUGACGCAACUUGAUCCCUACUGUCUCCUCUUACUGCUCGCCCUGAUUGUUGCUAGCCUGGCAGUUGAGAAUGAUAACAGAAUUGUUGGUGGCACAGUGGUAGAGCCUUACUCUAUCAAAUAUCAAGCCGCUCUCCUGUACAGAGAUUCCCUCUUCUGUGGAGGCACCCUGGUUCACCCGCAGUGGGUGGUGUCUGCUGCCCACUGCUGGAGGCCGAAUCAACUGAUGAAAGUGGUCCUGGGGGAGCAUAACAUCAAAGAGAAGGAAGGAUAUGAGCAAAUAUUUGACGUCUUGUUAAUCAUAAAACAUUACCAGUUCAAUUACUGGAACCUUGACAACGACAUCAUGCUUCUUAAGAUGGACCGUCCUGCUGUCAUCAACGAAGUGGUCAGUCCAGCUAUUUUGCCCCGCAUGGGCACUUUGCAAAACUUUGCUCGGUGCACCGUUAGCGGUUGGGGAGUCACCUCUGUCUAUGGCCAGAGCCUGUCGCCUGAGCUGAUGUCUGUAGACGUGGAUUACUUCGCAGACUGUUGGUACUACUACUACUUCAGGAUCACAAACAACAUGAUCUGUGCUGGGUCCACUGACGGAGGAAGAGAUUCCUGUCAGGGAGAUUCAGGAGGACCGCUGGUCUGCAACGGCAGACUGGAAGGCAUUGUGUCAUGGGGCAUCGGCUGUGCUUAUGCUUUUUACCCCGGGGUCUACACUAAUGUGAGAAACUACGUCUCAUGGAUCGACCGGGUCAUCCAGAACAGCUAACCAUCCACCAGAAGACCCUCCUCAGAUGAAUCUUCAAAUGGAUGCUGAAGAUCAAAAGGCUUUUCUGUCGUUUUGAUAGUUUAUCUUAAUAAACUUGAAUGAAUCUGUUCAGAUGA